CGCCCCCGGCAGCGGGGCGGGGGGACCCGGCCUCCGCCCGCCCGCCGCCGCCCUGCCCGGCGCGGCCGGCUCCGGCACCCCGUCCUGCCCCCGCGGGAGCGGCUCCCCGGGCCCCGCGCACCCCCCGCCGCCGCCCUCCCGCUGCGCCGAUGCCGGGCGUUGGGGCGAUCGGAGCGCGGUGCAGGCACCGGCCGCGCAGGAGCCCCAGAAAGAGCCCCAAGGCGGAGGCGGGCCAGGCCGGGGCCGCCAUGGACGCGGCGAUUUGGAUCUACCAGUUCCGGCUGAUCGUGCUGGGCGACUCCACCGUCGGCAAGUCCUGCCUCUUGCACCGCUUCACCGAGGGCCGCUUCCCGGGGCCGCUGCACUCCGACCCCACCGUGGGUGUGGACUUCUUCUCUCGGCUGGUGGAGAUCGAGCCCGGCAAGAGGGUCAAGCUGCAGCUCUGGGACACGGCGGGGCAGGAGCGGUUCAGAUCAAUAACACGAUCUUACUAUCGCAACUCUGUGGGUGGCUUACUAGUGUUUGACAUCACAAAUCGACGAUCUUUUGAACAUGUGAAAGACUGGCUAGAAGAAGCAAAAAUGCAUGUGCAGCCUUUUCAGAUUGUGUUCCUGUUAGUAGGACAUAAAUGUGACUUAGUGUCACAGCGUGAGGUCACAAGAGAAGAAGCUGAAAAACUGUCAUCUGACUGUGGUAUGAAAUAUAUAGAAACAUCAGCAAAAGAUGCCACGAAUGUUGAAGAGUCCUUUACAAUUCUAACACGAGACAUCUAUGAACUUGUUAAAAAAGGAGAAAUCUCAAUACAAGAUGGAUGGGAAGGUGUCAAGAGCGGCUUUGUUCCAAACGUUGUACAUUCAUCAGAAGAAGCUGUAAAGCCCAGAAGACAAUGCAUCUGCUGAAUCUGUAGCAUGCCAAAGAGCACAUCGGGUGUUCAGAAGAUGAUGCCAACCUAAAUAACAGAAUAAUGAUUUUGAAACAUUAGAUCAUGCCAUAGCUGAAUCAUAGAACGGUAAUUUGUUUUUUUUAUCCUUCUGUCUAGGUCAUAACUUCAUGAAACUUUUAAGUGCUUUUUUUCUUUUACGAAGUAUAGUAACUUUGUGUGGUCUUCAGGAAAAGAAAUUAUAUAUUGCUAAAGGAAAAACUAAUCCUAUAGCAAGACACUGAGAAAGUGCAAUAAUCAUCGUUACAACAUCCUCUCUUGGGCUUUGCAUUUUGAAUGCUGUUUAAAAUCAAGGCUUGCUAGCUGAGGAUCAGAUGAGCUCAUUACUUUUGUUCAUCUUGUCUUAGUUUUGGACAAGAAAGUGUUAUACCAUAUACUUUUUUAACAUGAUUCUUUACUCAAGUGCAGGGUUGCUAAUGACCAUUAAAGUUUAGAAUGCUGUAGAAUUUCAUAAUAAAGAUAACUCUAAAGAAAGCAAGCAGAAAGAUUGCUCCAAUAGCAAACACUUUUGAUAUGACUAUGAAUACACGCCUUACUAAAGAAAAAGAAUGUUUUAGAAAAGAUGAUUUAUUUGUAUACGAAAAUGGGAAAUAGAAGCAAUUAAAUUUAUUAUUAAAUAUUUUCUGAAUUGCCAAUGAAACUAAAUGUAACAUCACAUAUGAUCCAGCUGUUACUUGACUUGUAUACAAAACAGAUUUCCCAACCACUGGAGUUACAUUUCGGAGGCCAGAUCCUCAGCUGGGUAAUUAUCAUAGCCACGCUGAUGCCUAGGGAAUUAUGUUAAUUUACACAAACAAAUUCCAUAUUAGCUUUAAAAUAUAAAUCUACUUCUAAUUAGAAGUAAAAGUAAGUUAAGAAGUGCUGCAACCCAUGGGGACCAAGGCCUUAAAUUUGAAUAGAGCAGGAUUGUUUUAUUCUCAGACAGCAAAUGUUAAACUGUUAUCUAAAAAAUGAAGUUUUUAAAACCAAAACUGUUAUGAAUAGAGUGUUUGGAGAGGAGAGAAUUUCUACAAUAAUGCUUGGCUACAGAGAGCAAAGCUGGAGAACCCCUAUUCUAAGAAAGCAACACAUAAUAGCUUUUAAUAACAAUAAUAAUAGGAGAAAUCUGUGAUCAUGUAGCAUUUUACUGAGCUUGAGGUCAUCUUCCUACUCCUCUGAAUAUAACACACACUAGCUUUAUGCAAACUAUGCCCUAUAUGUCUAGCACUUAAAUACCAAAUAAGUCUAUUUCUAUUUUAUUGUAGUAGUAUAACAAGAUGACUUGAUCUCCAGAGUUGAUAAGCAUCUACAGUUUAUCUGGGCAUACUCAUAACCUCCAAACAUCAAGCCAGUUAUCGUCAUACAAAGGUGUGUUCCCGUGUUACAGUUCUCCAUUUUCAAGACCAGGCAACAACUCUAUCUAAUCUAGCUUUUUUCUUCAACAAACAUAUAAUUGGUUUUCCUUCAGGUUACUAUUAGUUCCUUUUACAAUCCUUUUGUAAAUAUUCCAUAGUAUAGAGACAGGUUGUUUGGUUCCAGUUAUUUUAUUCAUUUAGGGUCACUAAAAUUAUUGACUUCAAAGGGAACUGAAAGGUUAAUUUUUUCAAUAGCCUGAAUCUCACUUGCACUGAGGCACAGUUACACUGUCUUAGAAGGAUACAGAGGCCUUAAUAUAAACAGGAAUCAGCCUUAAUUCAUUAGCAAUUAAAAGUUAGUUAAUUCUAGUCUCAGCGUGCCACAAAGUAAUUGCUGUGAGCCUGAUUCUCUAUUAAACUACAUAUAUCAGUUGUUUACACCAAAUCGAUUUUGAUUUGAGGGCAUUUUAGGCCCUCUUUACAAAGUAAAUGUGACUACAGAUGCCAAAAGGUAGUGCAGAAUCAGGCUGUGUGCAUUUGACACCGACUUCCCUCUGAUAGUAGGCCCACGUUGUAUAUAUCAGAAGAUCUUCUCUUAGUUGUUUAAGAGGACAGAACGGGCCAACAAAUAAAUUGGUGUCUGGGGAGUCAACAGACCUAAAGUCUGCCACUGGUUCACUGUGUGUUUCUGAGCACGGCAUUUAUGUUUUCUGUGCCUCACCUUCUGUAUCUCAAAAAUAGAGAUGAUCAUUCUUCCUUGAAUUCACAAAGACUGCUGAGACCCAAUCUGACUGUAUGAUCUUCAGUCUGGACUCUUUUCUCUGUGCGCUACCUGUUGCAGGGUGUUUAGCACCGUGGGAUGUGGAUACUGGUUUCUUCUGCCGUACCAAAAAAAAAAAAAAUUAAAAAUAUUAAAACAGCUUUAUAAGUACCAGGUAUCGCUAUUACUAUGAAGCUACACUUCAUUAGACAUUUCAUUACUUUCAGGUUAAAAUCUCUUAUCUUAAACUUUACUUCCUGGGUGCUCUGGAGCCAGUGAGA